GUGCCCAACAUGGACAUUCACACGCAUCACCCCGUUCGACGCAAGCACUACGCCUGCGACCUGCCACACUCAUGACUCCUGGCGUCAUGGCCGCUUCUGAGACGAACGGGGCCGUGGUCAAUGGCACCCACAAGUACAAGAAAGUCUUUUCUCAACCUGAGAACCCGUUUUCCAAUCUGAUCCCCGGCCAAACCAUCGCCAUCAUCCCCCAAAUCGAGCUUGAAUCCGGUGUCAUCCUCCGCAAUGUUCCCGUUGCAUACAAAACAUUUGGCAUGCUGUCACCGAAGCGGGACAAUGCCAUGGUCAUAUGCCACGCACUCACUGGGAGCGCGGACGUCGGAGACUGGUGGGGCCCGCUUCUCGGGGGUCCAGGCAAGGCCUUUGACAUCUCGAGGUUCUUCGUCGUCUGCAUCAACAGUCUUGGGAGUCCCUACGGCAGUGCCAGCCCUGUCACGGCCAAAGAUGGCAAUGCUUCGUUGGGUUUGUAUGGGCCCGAGUUUCCUCUGACUACCGUCAAGGACGAUGUCAAUAUCUUUAAGCGUAUUCUCGACGAUCUGGGGGUGCGCCAAAUUGCAGCCGUCAUUGGUGGUUCCAUGGGCGGCAUGCUCGUGCUUGAGUUUGCGUACUUCGGAAAGGACUACGUGAGAAGUAUCAUCCCUAUCGCAACGUCUGCGCGGUAUAGUGCUUGGGGUAUAAGCUGGGGUGAGGCACAGCGGCAGAGCAUCUACAGCGAUCCAAAGUACGACGACGGAUACUACGCAUUUCAAGACCCUCCUUCCACUGGACUUGGUGCCGCCCGCAUGUCUGCGCUCCUGACAUAUCGCAGCCGUGAUUCGUUUGAGUCGCGCUUCGGGCGGAACACCCCCGACCUGUCUAAGAGACAAAAUAUCAACGCCGUCCCGCGGCCUACCUCACCGCAUCAUGAACACUGGGCAAUUCACAACGAUGGUCAUAAAAAUGCUAGGUCUCCACGGCCCUCUCGGACAAAUAGUACGACCAUGCUACCUACUCACUUCGCAUCUAGUGAAUCCGAUCUGGAAUUCCACAAUCCGUCAAAGCUCUCAACGCCUGAGAUUCCAGAGAACGGAUCCACGAACGGUAACGGACGCGCUGUAACACCACCUAAGAAACGCACUCCUACAUAUUUCUCUGCGCAAUCAUACCUGCGUUACCAAGGGGAAAAAUUCAUCAAGCGAUUUGAUGCAAAUUGUUACAUUGCAAUCACCCGAAAGCUGGACACUCAUGAUAUUUCCCGACAUCGCUCCCCCCCUGGUGCCGAUCCCGAUACCCUUGAUCCGGUAUCGGCGCUUCACUAUGCUCUGUCAUUAAUUGAGCAACCAACCCUCAUCCUUGGCAUUCAAUCCGAUGGUCUUUUCACAUUUGCCGAGCAGCAAGAAUUGGCAGCCCACAUCCCAAACGCAACGUUAAAGACAAUUGACUCUCCCGAAGGCCACGAUGCAUUCUUACUUGAGUUUGAGCAGGUUAACCGACAUCUUCUCCUCUUCAUGAACGAAGUCCUCCCAAAUAUUAUGGCACGAAGUCCAAAGAUGGAAGGCAUUGGUAGUGAUGACUCAGGAAUGACCGCGAAGAAGACAAGCACCUUUGGCGAAGUCGAAGUGGGCGAUAUUACCGCCUGGUGAAAAGAAUCUUGGGGUUUCUUUUUUUGAAAGCGUGGCGAAUGGCGUUUUAGAAAGACUGGACUGAAAAAGACAAUACGACUUUCGGCAUAUGCUUGAAAGAAAGCCGUACAUACACGUGAUCUGUCUAUUGUUCACAGGAGAAGAGGUUCAACUCCUCGAUUAUUAUUUCGACUCUGAUAGGCGAGUGCUAGAAAUGGAUACCUCUAUAUCCCUC